AAGGAUUUUAAUAUUGAGCCUCAUUUGAAUAAAUCUUGUGAUUGGAUGUAAUUCUGAUUGACCAUACACUCUACCCGGUAAACGUCAACUUCACGUAACCAAUGCUUAUAAUCAGUAAAAGGAAUCGCGACAGAUUUGAAAUAUAUAUCGCAUGGAUGAAAAGGAUGAAAACAGUCUUGUUGGACGGACCGUAAGCGACACGUGCGUCACAAGAUGGAGUCGAGUGAGACAAGAAGCCGCAGUCUAAGCACCAGCGAUCGCUACGAGCUGAAUCACCUAAACAGCUCACCGAACGGCAAGAGCGACAUGAAUCGAUACCGGCGAACGAACAGUUCCGUGACACCGGGAACUUUCGGCAAUUUUACUCGGACUGGAUCACAGAAACGUUCAAUGCGUAGCAGCAUUAGAUCCGACAUGCCUUCGUUUGACCAAACUCUGAGAAGCUUUAGAGACAUUGACACAGCUAAAAAGUUUUUCCACCGUCGCAUACGUAUUCUGUCGGGACUAAGCUGUCUCAUGGGUGUUUCGGCAGUGGUACUCGCGAUAAUCGACAUCGAAAUCGCGAAACACAGACCAGAGAAGCUCCUCAAUGGACAACUUCAAGUCGCGGACUCUCUAUCCGCAAGCAAAGAUGCGUUUGGUAUAGCUGGUAUCGUAUUGAAAGCUGCAAUCUCUCUGUUUUCUCUCCUCACCUGCAUCACAAUUUUUAACAUCUAUUCCAAUACACGCAAACUAAACGUUGUAAAGAACCUUUUUCAUGAAUCAGAGAGUUUUCUUACUUCACGGACCUUGUUACCGCGUUUCCUACUAGAAACUCUGAUAUGUUUAACACACAUCCCCCCUUACGUAGACGACCUAGGUAUCCCGUAUAAACUGCAACUACUUGUAUUUAUACGACUUUAUCUCCUAACGCGGUGUUUACGAGAACGGAGCAAAUUCUUCAACAACCAAGCCACAAGUUUGUUAGCUUCCGUCACGAAAACGGAGAUCUCUUCAACGUUUUUGGUAAAGACUUAUUUCCUUAAAGAACCGUUCAAGCUCAUAUUCAGUUUUUACACCAUGAAUAUUUUUCUUGGGGGAUACUGCGUCUAUGUUAUAGAAGAUUCUCAUCCGUAUCUGGACACGGUUUGGAUGAUGGUGGUUACCAUGACAACGCUAGGCUUCGGAGACAUCGUUCCCGUUAGUGUGGUGGCGCGAGGACUUGUGGGAUUCGCCUCGAUUCUUGGAAUUUUCCUGAUGGCGUUAUUCAUCAGUGUUGUACACGAGUACCUUCAGCUGACCAAUCAGGAGAAGAGAAUUCUCGCAUAUAUAGAAAAAGCAGAUCAUCAGCAGGAGAAGAUGGAAAAAGCGGCGGCAUGCAUCCAGAGUUGCUGGAGGUACAGGCAGUUUGUCAAGCGGCACAUGAAGUCAUUGGAACUCGGUGAUUGGCUGAAGCUACAGCGAAUGAGGUUCUUACAACAUAAGCUCUUUGAAUGUAUGCGCCAGUGGCGAGGAAUGCGCCGAACGUGGGCACGAGACGACUACUGGCGUAAGCUGUUUGUUGUGGACGACACUGCUAUGCUGUUAACCGAUGUGUGUCGAUCGGUGACGAAUAUCGAGAAAUGUCUCCAUAUACCUCCCGCAUCUAGGAAAAGGUCGUCAAGCAGGCCAUCGCUAUCAAGGCACGCGUCAUAUGGGAGUCCGCCCGCACGGAUCCGAGAGGAAGACGCUUUGGAACGUCCUCCUGUGUCGCCCAACGUCUUCCCGCCAAUUUCCCCAUCUCGAGAAAAGGCCAACAGUCUACAGACUGUAUUGGUAGAAUCACUUGAAACUCGAGACAAACCGGAAAAACGGAUUAGCAAUCCUGCUAUACAGGUUGUAGCACUGCCGCGAGAGAUCCCAAGAAUCUGCGCGAACCACACAGGUAUCUCUCCCGCAAACAAAACAGACAGAGAUUUUGACAGAAAUAAACGCGCGUUCCUAAACCGACCACAGGCAGCCCGCAAGGCGAGCGAUUUGAGUACUUCUAGUGACCACAUAGACCGUGGAGCCAUGACAUUUGACAUGCUUCAGUCUCGAAUUGAGGGCGUAGAGAGUGCACUUGACCAGAUUUACGGCAAGGUAAAGUCGGAGUUAAGAGACAUCAAAGACACUGUUUCCACAAUGGCAGCCGCUGGUCAUUUUAAUACGCCAUCAUCGUCACCGGGUGCUUUGCCAUCUCAGGUGGGCAGCACGUCUGAUCCAUUAUUUUCCUACGCUACAAUGGAUAAGUAUGAUAUAUAACAUGGGAAAAUAAUAAACUAAAGCUAUCCAAUGUUGUACACGCGAAACAUUUUAGAAACAAGUAGCACUGUUAUUAGGGCUUUUUAUUUACAUCAUAAGUAAGUAAGCAAGCAUUCACACCAUAUCAUUUUUUUUCAAUUUUAAGAACAGAAGUGUCCAAAAAAAAUUAAAUGCUCAAAUUUACAACCUUAUAACUAGUAUUUAAAAAGAAACUUUAUCAAUUAUUAGCUUCAGUCGCAUUAGCCAAAAGUUCAAUCUGAGACAAGAGGAAGGGCGUAAUGGGGCUGCUAAAACCGCACAGAAAAACGCCUAAAACCGCAAAACCGUCAAAAUAAGUCAAUAAUCGUAAACCGCGCAGUCUAGAAUAAACCGCAAUACCGCGAAAUAAAAUACGAAAAACCGCGGCGCCAGAUUUAAGGCAAAACCGCAUCACCGCAAAUCCUUACCCCCCUUGAAAUUCAAAACAUGUUAAGGAUAAACCAGAGGAUUUAAAAACCAUGAUAAACUUGGUCUUGUUUAUUAGCAAGGAAACUUCAAAAUAACAAUCUACGAACGAAGUCUGAUAUUUUAUUGAAAACCUCUUGGUUUCUCGCUUGAAUUAGCCGAUGGAAAUUCUUUGUGUGACUCGGAAUUGAGCGGGAGUAUAAAAUGGCGGCGUGAUUGGAAUGACCUCUAUACCAUCAAGGACAUUUGCUUUUGCCAUUGAAGUUUAAAAGCGCGCGCAUUCACUUUUUUUAUUAUUAUUAUUUUUUUUGUCAUGAAGUGGCUAUCUUCACUGUUCUAAAAACUUUGUCUUAGUAGCCAAGGUAGCGCGCAUAGCACUAUAAACUAGAGUUCUCAAGAAGAAUAGUAAAGCCUAUAAAAAGCGCAAGCAAUGUUGGGACAACUAUGUUGGGCAAACAAUGUUGUGGAUGUGCUGCCCAAGAACCACUGUCAGCAUCAUCCAACAAAAUGCAAUAUCAUGAAUAAGACGAGUGUCCUGAGGGGGGAGGGGAGGGGGAACAGGACACCCUUAUUGGGCCAAACCUUGCUAGCGCUACUUGCAUUUGAGAAUGUUAAGUUUAUGUUAAAUAUUUAAGUAAAAAAAGCCAAUAUGCUCUAAAUGGCAAAUAAAAAGAAAAGUAAAGGGCUAGACAGAAAUAAUAUUUUUGUACAAAGAUAGUUUUAGACCAUACUUUAAUUUUAGUGCGCAUGAUGUUUGUAGUAAAGAAGAACAAUAAAAAUAUGUUGAUUAGC